AUGAGUCCGGCAGCUCAGGUCUGCAUCAGGUCACAGUAUGUCCACUUUAGUCAGGUUGAGCUCCUCCUCGGUCACUGUGAGGUUUCCCAAGUACCAGAAUAUCCAGAACACCAGACUGAGGAAGAUGAUCAACGGUCCAGACAAGACAAGAAAGUCCCAGAAACUCAAUGGGGCGAAGAUCCCGACAAGAAGGAGGACGAGGCCGACCACAUCCAUGACCACUGCCACGGACAAAAGGACGAUGGUGGAUCUCCCCUGCUCCAUUUCCAGGUGAUUCCAGGUGAGACAGAUAUGUGAGGAUGACACCUAAAGUGCCUGAACAGACUGACAACAAGGCUUCCCUCUCGUCUAAAUCAUCCUCUUUCAACUGCAGCACGCCUUACAUUUCCUUCAUAGUUCAGGACUGAGUGGUAGGACUGGAAUCUAACCACAAAAACAGACUUAAGCCCAACAGUCAGUCCUCAUUCCUCCGCAGGGCCGACUCGUUUUGCACCUUUUGUGUCAUUAAUAUGAUGCAUCGGGCCUGUUGUGUGUAACCGACAGGAGAGAUUUAUGCACAUAAAUUUUAUAAUCAGCCUCCUCUGAGACAUGUUUACACAGAGAUAAGCUGCUGUAACUAAUUGGAUCCCCUCAGAUCUUAGUGUUCAGCUAAUGAAACCAAAGAGAUCUAAAGAUGCAUCAGUCUGUUACAUCUCUUAUCACAACCCUUCAGUGUUUUCUCUUGUACCUUUUAUGAGACCUUUUAACUUUUAAUCAGUCACAUUAACAGCAACUGUAGAUAAAAGUUAUUUUCAGAUGAUGUUUUCCAGACCAACAAACCAUAAUGUUGAUUUAAUUAGACAAAACUCUGAUUUAAUAUAUUAAUUCUGCUCUUGGCAAAAAACACUCUUGACAUCUGCUAACCUUUUUUUCUGAAAUUCAUAAAGAUGUUGAUAUCUCUAAUUUCAUCAAAGCCACAGUGAUGCCAUUGACUUCCCUUGAAACUAAAUUAAAAGACCUCUCAAUAAAUCAUUAUGAGCGAACUUAGUCAUACAUUCAAAUGAGAAAUAACCAAUUACGCAUGUCUGUGUCUAAUUUAUUGCUAAUAUUUGAAUUAAGUUUCCGUCAAAUAUGAGUCAUAAAUGUUAAUUUUUUUCCAUUGACUUCAUUUCCACUGGAGUUAACGCUACUACUAUUUAAAAAAAAAAAUCAAAAUUCAGUGAUUACAAGUACUCAUUAAUGGUAACAGUUAUAUGCCAUAUCUUUAAUUACAUUAUGCCAUCUAUUUCCAUUGACUUUAAUUCAAAGUUACCGGUAAACAUUUUAUUGUGGUUAUUGGAAAACCUUGUUCAUUUUAUAUGAAUCAGUUCUAACUGACCAAAAUGUUGAUUUCAGGUAACUACUUAAGAUUCCUUACUCGUGGUAAUAUUAUUUUUGAUUUCUCUCACAACAAUCUUUCCAUCGAUGCGUCUCCUCCUCUAUUAUCUAGACUUAUUCAUACGUUUGAAUUUUGUGGGUUUCAAAUCUAAUAAUUUAUACCAGCAAUGGAUUUUGAGUUUAAUUAUCUCUCAGCCAUUGAAAUUCUGAGUAUAGGUAUCUAAUAAAGGUAAAUCUACUUUAACAACGGACCCCUAUUCAAGUUCUGUGUCAACUUUUCUGUCACUUUAAUUUGGCCAAUUUAAGAUCUUAUAAUAAUGAUUAUUUUAGUGAAGCAAUUAGUACUAGUGAAAUAUUCAUCAUAUACAUGUCUUAUUCAACUGAAGCCAGGCAACUUUUACGUCUUUUAUUAAAACUUCUUUAUAUAAUAAAAAUAUCACAAAUUUUAGAUAUUUGCAGCGUAAUUAAAACUACAGUCAACUUUGACCAUUUACUUCGUUUGAAAGUCAAUGACAUAUACUUAGCUAGGUUUUAGCAGAUGGAAUUAUAACUAAAAUACCAAAAAUGCCAAUUUUGUUUUUAAAAAUAGGAAAAAAUAAAUAGGAAAAUCAACAGUAGAUGUAGUAAUUAUAUGAAUUUAUAAAAUGAAUAUCUGCAACUGCAAUAUCUGUACAACUCUACAACCUCACCAUUGACAUUCACAUUACAAUCAAACUCAGUGUGAUACAGCUUCAGCAGUUAAUAUUACAGUCUGUUCAUUGGUAACAAUUGAAUUUUUGAAGGUUUUCAUUCCUAUCUUGAUAUAUUCAGUUUCAACAUGGCAGCUUUUACCAUUGACUUGCAUGAAGGUUGACAUGACAGUGGCACCUCAAAAAGGUAAUGGUAUGUUAAAUUCUCGUUUUUAGUCUACCUUUGACAGCAAAAUCACUGCCGUUCCUCCCCACUCAUUUGCAGUUUAUGGGACCUGUCAUAGCCCUCGACUCCCACUGAGAUUGUGCGUUCACCUCAGGUAAAUUAUUUACCUUUCAUAUUUCACUUUGCUCUGCAGGGUGGAUACACUGCACUCAAAUAUUUAACCAUGCACGCUUCAUGCUUCUGUAUGACAAUGAUACCUUUUGUGAAGCCUCUGUCACAAAGGGGAAACAGACGUAAUGGAAACUUCUCUGUUGGCGGCUUGUUUGACCAGUCGAGCUGCUGUUAUUUGUCUCUGCUGUGUGGCUUUCACUCACUGUCCUGCCUGCCGCACUAGAGCAGAGAGGAUUGUGUUUUAUUUACUGUAGCAUUGUCUCCACUGUUAUGGUACAUUUGGAUGUCAGUCAGGCUAACUCUGUGCUUGUUUGCCUGUCAGAGCAGUGACAUUUACAUAAGGCGCGACUCUGAUCAGACCUGGAGGCAUCCACUCCCUGAAGUGAUUAGCACAGAUGCUAAAAACAUCUUGGCAGGUAUGAAGUAUGUCAUCCAGGAUCCAGAGUUUCCCAUGAUCCUCUGUUGAGGACUUUCAGGUUUGUUUACCCAACACCACACCACAAACACAAACCAGUCUGACUAGUGUAUGCUGCUUUGACAGCAAAUCAAAGGCCAGCAUGACUUGACUUUACUGUGUCAGGUGGCAUCUACAAGUCAAAUAAAGAAUAUUUAAUGUGUGUUUGGAAUGACUCAGCUGAGAUGAUGAAGGACUGUGGAUAAAAGUGUUUUUUUAUUGGAGAACCAAGCUUGUACACAUGAACAUGUCUAUGGCUUUAAAUAUGGAGUAAUGUUAUACACAGUAUGUGACAGCUUUUCAAGAAAUGUAGGAAACAGUAGAGUUAACAAUUACUUCAAGAAACUGUAAAGAAUCAAUACAAAUCCAUCUAUAUCACUCAGAACUCUUGAGGACACAUUUUACAAAUUUUACCAUUAAACAGUGUUUUCUAUUCUGGAAAACUCUGGUGCUGCCUUUAACAUUUAAAACACUAUAAUGUAUUACACCGGCAGUAUUGAAGAAUUAACAUUAUUAAACUCAUAUUUGUUCCUUAAACUUGUACCUAGAAGAAAUUAUUCGAAACUACCUGACGGCCCUGAACCAAAACUGUAAGUCUCCAUUGACUGUAACUCUUUUUCCUAAAAUGAUUGCAAUAUAUGUUUACAUGAUUUUCAAUCCCAAUAAAAUCAAAGUGCAAAAAGUUCUGAAUUGCUCCAAUAGAUAUAUUCAGCAUUCAGCCAUUUUAAACUACUCUCAUGCCAAGGUAAGAUUGUGUAUUAGAGAUAUAACUAGCCCUAGUUUAGGAGUCAUUUCAGUACAUGUCAAACCGAAAAUUUGACAUGAAUCUUUGUUGACACCUAAUCUGACCUGAUAUGAACACAAUGACCAACAUAACAGACAUGAAGAUCUUGUUGUCUAACCUCGGCAUUAAAGUUCUGGUUUUUGUUCAUGACAAAUUCAAAUAGUUAUAAUCUCUGACAUUAAAAAACAGAUUCUCUUUUGACAACUUUAAAAAGGAGGACAAUCAUUAGCAAAAAACAAAAUCAGAUGUUACAUUACUUUCCUGAAAGCCACCAAACUCCAUUGACAAAAACAUCCAUUUUAUCUCAUAUGGACAAAGCAGACCUCCUUCAGUUUUAAAAGCUUCUACACCAUUAUGUUGUUUGAUACAAACCUAACAUUAAAACAUCUGAGUCCCACUAUAUCAAAGUUAUUCUUUGAUUUAACCUGACCAAGCAGAAUUGUCAAAUAAAAUACAUCAUGUAAACUGAAGACGAUAAAGGCACAAAAGCGAAGAAACUGUUUCCCAUCUACAACGUGUAACAGAUUUUCAGAUCAACACGAUUUCUGCUUACAACGUCUUUAAGUGCAAAUUGAUACAUUUACAAUUCAUUGAUUAACCAUUAACUUGAAACCACACAGUGAACCUGGACAUUUUUGGUCAUCUCAAUGUAUCAAGUGGCUGGUAGUCAAGCCAUGAGAAGAUAUUUGAUGAUAUUUUUUAUGCUGAUGUUUAGUAUCUAUGGACAGAUUCCCCGGAUGUCUUUGAGCUUCUCCAAAGAUCUCAUUUGCAGUAACUUCAGGAGACCUUGCCUGAACCUGACGUCAGACUCUGCUGUCCUUUUAAGGUAAUGACAAAGGACACACUUGGCUCUUCCUCCUCUCUGCUCCUUGUUGGUUUUGUCCAUGUCUGAAAGUUCGCUGGACGAGGGCCCCAGAAAACAACCCCAACGUAGCUGUUUAUACUCGCCACUUCACUGAUGACUCCUUUGUAAACAAAGGCCACACGGUGCUGGAUAUGAGUCUCAGCUGUUACUAAAACCUGGAGCUGUUCAUCUUUAAAGACCUUCUGAAGUUUAGAGACACAAACUGGGAGAAAAUUUAAAUAGCUAACAACUAAGCUCAGACGUUUCCUGAAAAGGAAUCACUUAAAGGUUAGGUUAGCUAAAGGUUAGCCUAAAGGUUAGCCAAAACAUAGCAAUUCAGGCAGAGGUUAGGUAGUGCUGAGAUAAGGGUUUUUGUAGAUACCAGUAUGUGAUAAAUGAGGUCUUUGAGCUGAAAAUUAGACCCAGCUACUCUAUCAACAUGCCAGACUCACAAGAUGUAAUAUGAAAAGGAAUAGAUUGGGUCUCCUUUUGGCCCCAACCUUUGGAAAUCAUUUUGAAAUGUACAUUUAUAGAUUGUUGGUUUUUGUAUUUCUUCACAUAUAGUUUGGCUAUGAUCUUGUCUGUGGACUAUUUUCACACUUUACUGCUUUGCUUAAAACCUCUAAAAAUCUGUUUCAGUUGAUCCAUGGCACCAAAUUCUUUCAGGAAAACUGAAUGUUGAUAUGAAAUGUCAAACCUUCUCAAUGAAGUGCUACUGAAAAUAACAACAACAACAAAAAAAACUGAGGCUGCCUUAUGAUUUCAAGGUACCGGUUUAAGUUUUAGGCUUGGACCCGGAAAUCCUGGCUAUGGCCCUGCAUUGGAAAAGCCUUUAACAUAAAUUAUGUUUAGAUGAUAACCAUACAAUCCUGGUUAAUCUUUGCAGAAGAACCCAUUAAAGAGUAUACCAGUCUGUGUUGCAGAGAUUUAAGUUUGUAAAGUUCAUAAACCAGACUCUUCAAAGGUUAGGAGUUCAGUUUUCAUAUAAGGUCAAAAUCUUGUUUUUCUGCCUCCACUUUUUUAUCCUCCUCUGGGUUGUCCACACUGCCGUCGAACCCUCCAUUGUGGUAGGCUGUAUUUCUACCCCAGGUGACCCUGCUGGCUUUGUGUGGCGAUGAGUCCCCCUUGCUGCUGCUGCUGUCCUCCUCUUCCUCGAUCUUUCGGACGCACUUGACGCGCUCCUCUCCCUUCAGCUUCUGGCUCAGCCUCUCGGACAACUUCCUGGCCAGACGCACGAUCGUACUUCUUCUGUUGGAACCGUCAUCCACAGACACCUGUACGUUCCCAACAUACCACAUGAGCCAGGGCCCGAGGCUGAAGAAGAUGAUGAGGGAGCCGGUGUAGAUCAGAAAGUCUCCAUAGAAGCGCCCUUCGAUGCGCAGGUUGGCGAAUAUUCCGAUAAAGAGGAGAACCAGACCGACGAUAUCAAGGACGAUGGCCGCGAAAAACAACGAAACACAACGUCCGAUGAACUUUAGAGGCUCCAUGCUGCACCAUUAGAUCCUCUCUGCGGUUGUAUAACGGGAGGAUGCUUCAUCCGGUCGGUGUACCUAAGGAGGCAGCUCACCUGCAGAGCCCCGCCUCAGAGAACACACAAACAAGGAGUCUCCCCCAGGCCCACACAGAGUACACACACACUUACACACUAAACACACACACACAGUAAACACAUACAGGCUGUGGAGUCAGGUGUGUUAGUGCAGUGUGUUUUCAUUUAACCUGCACCCAGCUUCACCGACUGAAACCCAGGUUUAAGUCUACAACACCAGGAGGGGAUGCAAAUAAAAGACAGCUGGCAGGAUAUUAUUUGGUAUGCAAAUUCAUAUUCAGACUCUCAAAGCUGUACUGACUCAGCCUUUUUCUAAAUGAAGAAUCUGUGUUUGUACUUUCUUACCUACAGGGUGAGGUCAAAUGACCACUUUUGAAUAACAUAUAGAUAAACUUUUAUAAUUUGUUGUAUGAGUAUUUGCACAAAUUGAUGAGAAGUCUUAAAGGGAUAUUCCAGCGUAAAAUUGAUUUAGGGUCAAACACAUCGUAACACCGAGUUAGACACCCCCUCGAGAGAGGAAUGUUGCCGACUGCUUGCUUCUCUAGUUAUACCGACUUUAGAAACGACCACACGAUAGCAAUACAGAGAGUCACACACUCAACCAAAACGCCACUCUAUAGCCACAAAUAAUGCUCAGAACAGCACCUAACUUUAUCAACAGUACAUGUAGGAUCCUAGCCAUAGUACUAGCCACCAAAAAUCUUUUUAAUUUUGCCUGAUUUCUUUAGCAAAGAGACUAAACACAACUCACCUUCUCUCUUCCACCAGCCGCUUGUUUGUAGCGAAACCUCAGGCCAGUCCAUCACUGACUGCUGCGGGGUGACGCAACUCAAGGAAGAACAUUUAUGAUAAUUUCUUUAGUCUCUUUGCUUUCUCGUGGCUCUCUGUAUUGCUAUCCUGCGGUUGUUACCAAAGUUGGUAUAACUAGAGAAGCAAGCAGUCGGCAAAAUUCCUCUUUCGAGGGGGUGUCUAACUCGGUGUUAUGGUGUGUUUGACCCUCAAUAAAUUUUACGCCACAACAUCCCUUUAAGACAGACUGAAGGGAAGCCAUAAAGGCAGAUUUAUACCCGGGUUUGGAUUUGAUUUUUAGUAAAUAUUUUAAGUUUCCAUUGUUGAGGAAGUUUUCUACAAGGAAACUUCUGUACUUCUUCCAAUUCUUCUUCUUUUUAUCAGUAUUAUGAUUAUUAUUAUUGAGUUGUAGUUGACGCAGUAGUUGUAGUUGUUUGUAGUGUUAAAAGUGGUAGAAGUAGCAGAAUCUGAACAAUCCCCAGUACCAAAUAGAGAAGGGAACUUAAUGUCCAUCAUUUCCAAAAUGAAUGCCAUAGUGUGAUUUUUCUGUUUUUUCAAUUUGUGUUGGUCCAUAAUUACGGUCCAACAUGUUCCAGACAAUUGAAUUUCCUUUUGGGAAUAAAUAAAGUUUUUCUCAUCUUAUCAUAAAAUGACAGCUAAAUUAAAAUUCGUCAGAUCACAAGACAUUUUCAAAAAACUUGGUCUUAGUCCAUGAUUUCCAGAAAGAAUACCAAAUUGUAAACUUGUCAGACCACAAGACAGUUUUCUACCUUGUCUCAAUCUGUCUUAAAUGGGUUUGGGCCACAGACGUCACCAGUUUUAGGGUUCAUGCUCUUGUGGGAAUAUAGUCUGUUGUUUGAGUAUUUUCUCGUAUAUUUGUAUAUAAACAAUACUCACAGAGUUACAAAAGACGAGACGAAACUAUCAAUGCAAAUAAACCUCACAUCAAUUGGUAUUUCAUACUGAUUAUGGUAGUUUCAAAUACCACAUGCUUAUCUUAAGUCUUAUUUCGAGUGCAUUCUUAAAGACGGAUGAAUAUUUUAUGUCUAUACAGUGAAUACUUAAGGUCUCUGAAGGAGUUCAUUAAGACUUCCUGCCACAUUAUUUAAAUUGUAUGAAAAUGUUCCUCCAGAUCAGUCAAAUUUCUUUCUUUUACAUUUAUUCAGGACUGAGUCUCCUUCAGUGACUCAGUUUUUCCCCAAUAAGACAAAGCAAACAAGGUUUAUAAGCUCUCACAACUUUUAAUAAUUCAUGAAUUGGCAUAUAGUGUAGCACGCAGCAUUAGGGAAUCCCUCUAGUCCACUUUCUCAUCAUUAAUAUUCAUAAGAACAGCAGGCUCUCACUAAAUUGUGUGUAAGUAAGAAGCAUGCUGUGGUCUUCUUAUGCUUGCACCUCUUUUUCUGUUUUGGCAGCUGUGAUUAUGCAGACGUUUUCAUGCACACGUUGGACUGAGAUAAAAGCCCCAAUCCUGUAAAAAAUCAGACAAAUAAACUUACAGGCCGCCACAAAGAGUGUCUGAACAAUAAGCUCCAUGCUAGAAAGGAUGUUAAAAUCCAGUUUGUUCAUCACAGGUUGAACAUGGGCGGCCUGUAGUAUGUGAGCGGCUUCUUUAUACUUGACCGCUUCCUGUUCUCCUUGGUGAUUGGGAUCAGGACCACGCCCACUACAAAAACCAUCAGCCCGAUAGACAGCAGAGCAGGGCCCAGGAUGUUGGUAACCUUCCUGCAGUGUCCAGCAAAGUAUAGGCCGCUGAUGAUGAUGCCACAUGCUAGGAAGCUGCCCCCUGUGGACAUGAGGUGGAUGGGGAACCAGUAGAUCUCACAUUUGUCCUCACGGGGGUUCUCUGCGGUCCAGAUGGACUCGCUGCGGGACAUGCUAAACACAGUAGACUCUGUGCGACUUGGAGGUGUCAGCUGGUCCCUGGACUGGGAGAGGGUACACUCUCCCAGAGGGAUGUUCUCUGGGCUGCCUGGCAUGGCCUCCUGCAAGAAUCUGAGGGAAGGAGAAUAAACAAAGAAGAAGAAGAAGAAGAACUUUAUUGACCUCUGAAGGGAAAUUCAAUAUACAGAUAUGUAAAUGUAUAAAUAUACAGGUUCUGUCAUACAUCUGUACAUCCAAUCCUGAUGAUUUCCAGACUCUCACUCCCUGAAAAUUUCCAGAAUCAUCCUUUAAAACACAUCACAGACAGGGUUGUACAGCUAACAGUGGGGAGGAAGGGAAAUCUUGAGUAGAAGUGCAAAAAAGUGCAGUUCAUUAAGUGUCCACCAGAGGCUGGCUCCAAAAUUGAGUCAGUCCCCAUAGAACCCCAUGUUAAAUUGGAUAAUUUACCAGCACAAUUCGAUAUCCAACCCAAUGACUUGUAUUUUUCUUCCUAUUGUCUGUGCAGGCUGACUAAAAAAAUCAAUACUAAUUGGUUUGAUUCCUUUUUGUCAUCUAAAAAGUAGAUGGUAUCUGAAAUCACGGACAGAGAGGUUCUAUGAUGUUAUAACCCUGCAGAUGGGUUUCUAAGAGGCAAGUGACUAAUACACAAACAUAGCGUGUACGAAAGACCAGUGUAGUAGCGUUACUCUUAACAACUAUUUUCAAUGGGUGUCAAGACAGGACUGCAGGCAGGCCAGUUUAGCAGCAGGACUCUUCUACUUCAGAGCCAUGCUGUUGCAAUGUGGUUUGUCAUUGUCUUGCUGAAAUGCAGCAUAUAUUGCUUUUUAACCUGUGUGUACAGUAUAUUUUUCAGCAUUAAUGGAGCCUUUAAUCAUAGCUAUGUAAGCUAACUAUGCCAUGUACACUUAUGCUACCCAUAUCAUCAGGGAUGCUGGCUUCAAACUGGGAGCUGAUAACAAGCUAGGUGGUCCAUCACCUAUGUAGAACAAAGAACUUGAAUAUCAACUUAUGAUUUGUAGGAAAACUGAAAAUAGCCAUUUCUUAGAUCAUGUUUAUAUCUGGUUUCCGCUUUGCAUGGUGCAGUUUUAGCCAUUUGUGGAUGCAGUGAUGAACUGUGAUCACAGACAAUAGUUUUUAGAGGUGAUUUUUAGCCCAUGCGGUGCCUUCCACUUCAGAGUCAUAUCUGCUUUUAAUGCAUUACUGCCUGAGGGCCUGAAGAUCAGGCCCAUUCGGUGUUGGCUUUAGUCCUUUGUGUACAGAAAUUACUUUAGGUCUCUGAAUCUUUUAAUGAUAUUAUGAAUGAACUACCCACAUUUGUUUACAUUUUACUCUGAAAUUGUUGAACUAUUUGCUCACACAGUCUCUCACAGAGUGAUGAACCUCUUCCUAUCUUUCCAUGUGAGAGACUCAGCCUCUCUGAAUGUCCUUUUUAUACCCAGUCACGUUACUAACCUGUUGUAAAUUAACCUCAUUAGUUGGAAGAUGUUCACCCUGCUGUUUGUUUUGAUCAAAAUUUUACAAAUCAACACUGCACUCAUGAAAUUGGUACAUAUUGGUUGUCUUCAUCACUUAGAUAUGAAAUACAAACAUACCUAUCAAUUAUAAGAUGAAAUCAGCCUCUCCCAUAUGGCUACAGCUAGUUUCUAUCAGAUUUCCAUCCAUCUGUAAGGAGUUGCACUUCCUUGCAUCAGAAACUCCAGGUAUUAUCAGUUCUUAUCAGAGUCCCCAAACUGUUAGUGGAAACAGGUGACGGCAGGCCAAAAGCCCUUUCAACCAAGUGGUUGUAUGUUUUAAAACAGAGAAAAAUACAACUAUACCCAAUGACAGUGAGACAGCAUGGUAAAAGCAGCUACAUUAAAGAGUGAAUCAUGGUUCAAAUUAAUCAAUAGAGAUAUUUAUGUAAUGUUUUUGAUGAGUUGUGUAAUGUUGCAAGAGUGCAUGGAAAAAAUGACAAAAAGAUGGAUCCAGAAUUGAGCGAAUGCAAGCAAGUAUUAUGCAUUAGCAUACAGCAGGCCACUUUUCCAUGAUAAAGAAAUUAAAAGAACAAACAUAUUCCCGAAUAAAUAAUCUUUACAUCUGUAGCUAUUUGAACAUUACCCCAAUAGAGUGACAUGUUUUCUAUCAAAGAAGGCCAGAAAAGCACAUGACAAUUAUCUGUCUGUACUGGAAAAUAAGGAGCAAACACCCACCUUCAAAUCUGGAUCAAGUUUCUGUUUUUCUGCGGAAUCAACAGGAAGUUAAAAUCUCUUUAACCGUCCAAAAAACAUCCAGAAAUCUGAGGGAGAAGCUUCCAAACUGUCCGCCCAGACAAAACAGUGCUCAACAACAUCCACCCACCCAUCCUAUCCUAUCCCCACCUCCUCAAGGAGAGAUCCCUCUGACCACCAUCCUUUUACCAUCAUCUACUAUCCCAGCAGCUCCGUCCUGAUAUUGCAUCCAGGGCGAGCCUUCCUGUCCCCCAGAGGUUAUCCAUAAAGACCUCCAAACCGCUCAGCCAGACGCCUCCAUGAGUCUGUAAAACUAUCCCAGAAACUUCUACAAACAAGUGAAAAGCCUGAAAUAUCCAAAGUGUGGAGAAUGAGCGGAGGAAUUGGAUCGUACUCUUUCCACACAAAGAGGAGCAGGGCAGGGCAGCAGCUAGGAAAUGACUCUGUGUUUGUUACAGCCGGAUUGAUGGUGCAGGCAAUCACCCAUACACAGACUUUCCAAUACAGGCUGAUACGUAGGCGAGCAUUGAUCCCAAAGUGCCCCGCAGCAAUUAUCUGCAAGUUGUAGUUUCGUCCGGCUGAACAUAGGAUCGAUGGAAUCUGUGUGGUGUAAUUGGGCUACAGAAAGUGGAGCAAAUCUUGCAGAAGUUUGGGGAUUUUGAGGGAUUUAAAACCUUCAGCUUUGGGGACGUUUCUGCAAUGUAACACCCCUGCCUCCACUAAAUCACCCUGAUAUUACAGCUGUGUCUUUGUGUGCUCUUUUGCAAACACAAGUGUCAAGAGUGUGGCCAUCGAUCUGAACAUGAGCUCACUCUUAAACAUGAUUAGGCUCUCCAGAGAGACCCUGAACUCCGCUCCCCUGUAACUGCUUCUUGUACUCAGUAAACACUAAAGCUCCUGUCUGAUCUCAUUACUGCUUUCAUCUGUUUCAAAUGCAUCUCCCAGUCUUGCAGCAGUGAUAUCAUGAAAGCAGCUAAUGCAUGCAAUGAGCUGCUCAGUCCACCAGAGAGCAGUGCUUGCAUAUUCCAUAUGAAUGCUUCAGCUUGGCUAUAUCAUUAACUUUUAGUGAAUAUUUUAUUGCAGAAUAAGCUAAUUAAUGGGAUAAUUCAGCGUUUUUUGGUAAUUACUCGACAGGCUUAUAGAUCAGUGUCUUUUAUUCUGCAGCCACAUGUGAGAAAUUAAUCAGCCAUACGGUGUAAUGUGCUGCCGUAUCUUCUGAUUAUGAUGUGCCUAAUUCUCCUUAAUGGUCCAUUUAAGUGGGUUGUAUCCCAUUCACUUGAUCACAGUCAUAUAAGGUAGUUAAACACUGCUGAGCAGAGCUGCUGAAGGAGGAGGUAGGAGGUUUAAGUGUGUCUGACUGCAGAUAUUUGGCUGUAUAAAGAAAAAUAUUUGAGGCUAAAGGAUAAAGACAUUUGACGACGUUGGUGAAAUUCAGGAGAUCAUGCUGUAGAUCAAAAACUAGCUGAGCAUUAUCUUUAGUAGUUGUCUAAGUUGUGCUGCAAACGGCAAGAUCAUUGAAGGCCAACGCAGGUCAAAGUUCCUAUGUCGUACGGUUUUAUGUUGUACCCACUGGAACAAAUUUAGAUAAAUGGAAAGGCAUCCAGAUGGCACCUUCAUGCCUUAGGUUUACAGUAAAAACAUUCAAAGGGCACUUUCUCACAGUCAAACUGGAAGGGCAUCCAGAUGGUUCAGCUUUACACCUCAAAUUUAUUUAUUACAUUUAUUGGAAGAGCAUCCAGCAGCCAAUUUUUUAAGCCUUAAAUUCACUGUCAAAUCAUCAAGAGGAAGAGCUUUACCCUAAAUUUACUGGCAAAGCAUCCAGAGGGUACUUUUUCAACCUUAAACUAGGGCAUCCAGUGGGCUCAGUAUUUUCUUUUUAACAAUCUUUAUCCUGGUGGGACAAGCAGAGAAAUAUUCUUUAUGUUUUACACACUGAAAGACAAUCACGUUUUAAAUCCAAUAUUGAAGCCCAUCUGUAGGGCACUAUUUUCACAUUUAUCCACUGAAGACACAGAGGGUACUUUUUAUAGAGUUUAACAACUGGAAGGGCUUUGAGAGGGCACUUAAUUUUACAUUCAUCCACAGGGAGGGUAUUGAGAUUGCACUAUUUUUAGAUUUAUAUGCCAGAAGAGCAUCCAGAGGGCACUUUUUCAGGUUUCAUAACACCAGAGGGAAAUCAACGGGGCAUUUUUAAACCCUCAAAUGAAUUGAAAUAAGCUGAUUACCUUAAAUUUACUAAAAUAACAUUCAGAUGUGUAUGCUUUACUUUAAAUUUCCUGGAAGAACAUCCAGAAGACACUUUGUCAAGUUUCAUCCUUCAGAAGAGGGGUUACUUAAACAGUUUUUCAUGCAUUUUUCACAGAGAGGUCAGCAGGCAGGGCAAUUUAUAACAUUUUGUUUACUCCAGGAGGAUCUGAGAGGGCGCUUCUGCUGCAUUUUUUCAGACAUAAGGGCAGGGUAACACUGUUAAAAAUAAUAAAAUUGAGGAUAAUGACAUUAAAUAUGUAUCGGUUCCUGUUCUUUUAGGAGGCUCAGCCAUCACAGCUGGAUUAUUUGACUUGUGGAUGUUUAAAGUUAAAUUCAAGUGUGUGUAUUGACUGUAAAGCGACACGCAGGUAUCAGUCUAAUCCUGUUUGAUAACACAGACACAGAGGGCUGCACGGAUUAGAGCUAAUAAGCCCUGUCUUGAGUCAGCACGCUGAGUCUGAAGGUUUGUAGCUUUCAGGACAGAUUCAAAUGAACUGUGGACUUUCAGCUGCUGCACUUACACACUCAUAAACACACAAGUUCAAACAUUCACACACUCUCUGGUUAAAGCCACCAGAACUAAGAUGCUCUAACAACUCCAAUCCCUUACUGUUCUUUGUAAGGGUUCAGGAUUAAACAGGAAAUAGUUUUUGGCCAAAUGAAGCUCUGCACAGACCCUUGUUAGCUCCUGAGUAAAUAUCAAUAAAACCUUCAGCAGAUACACACUCGUCCACAGGGAAAACGCACUCAAGAAAUACAUCGCUGACUUAAUAAUACACAUAACCUUUUCUCUUCAAGUGACCUUGGAAACUAAUUAAUCUGCUUUGCAUAUUUACAGCUUUUUAUAAGUAAUCCCACAGGGAAUUCAUGCAAACAACUGCAGCACGAAGGUUCGAUCAGCCGUGGAAAUACAGAAAGAUCUGAGAGAUACGUUUCAUCCACCAAACAACCUCUGAGAAGAAAAAUACAAUCUUAAUUUCAUUCAUCAGUGCCAUGCUUUAUGCACUUAAUCGGCAGAAACUUUUUGGAUAUACUUCUCUUCAGUGCACUUUAAGUUGUCUACUUUUAUUUAAAGGAAUGAAGAGACAGAUGGCUGUGCACAAAAAAAGGUUUUUACAAUAUUAUCUUAACUUGUUUUAUUAGACAAGGCAAAGAGCAGAUGCCCUUCAAGUGUGUAAAAUGUUAACAAAGUGCCCUCUAUUUGCUUUUAUAGUGGAAUAAAUGUAAACAAAGUACCCUGCAUUUGAGUUUUAAAGUGGAUAGAUGUUUACAAAGUGUCCUCUGAAUUCUUUUCCAGCGAAUAAACCACAAAAAAGUACCAAUGACUUGCUAUUUUUAACAAAAAAUUAACAAAGCAAAAAGAAAAAGCAAACUAAGUGCUCCUUGGUUGCUCUUUAAGCGGAUAAACUAAAUAGGUUUCUUUUUAGGUCAACAAAAAAUAAACAAAGUGACGUCUGGUUACUUUUUAAGGUGAAUUUAAAAGUUUAAAAAAAUCCAUCUUGUUACUUUAAAUUUGGGAUAUAAUGAAAACAAAGUGAUUUUUGGUUUCUCUUUUGGUGGAUCAAAUGUAAACAAAGCGCCCUCUACUUGCUCUGUGAGUGGAUGAAAAGUAAACAUAGUGCCCUAUAUUUCUUUUUGUUUUCAUUGAAUUGUAAAAAAAGUGCCCCCCAGUUUCUUUAUCAGUGUAUCAAAUGUACAAAAUAUCCUUUAAGUGCCUUUUGGUUUGCCUCCUUGGUAGAGUAUAAGUAAACAAAGUGCCCUUUGGUUGAUUGUUUAGUAUAUUAAAUGUAAAUAAGGUGCGCCAUGGUUACUCUUUUAUUGGACAAUAUAUGAACAUGGUGCCUUCAAGUUACUUUUUAGAGGAUAAAAAGUAGUGCCCUUGGUUUUCUUUUUUAGUGGAUAAACUGUAAACAAAGUUCUGUCUAGUUGAACCAAUAGUAAAUAAAAAAGGGGGAAAAUGAAGGGGGAAAAAAAUUGAUAUUUGUUUUAGUCGAUUAACUGGAAUCAAAGUGCCCUAAUGUUGCUUUGUUUGCGGAUUAAAUGGAAACGAAGUGCACACCUGAUGCCUUUCUAGUGGAUUGAAUGAAUACAAAGUUCCCUCCUGUUGCUCCUUUUGUUGGUAAACUGCAAGAUAACUCUCCAAUUGGUAUAUUAACCUAUUAUCUUUGUCAUUGUUUUUUUAGUUUUGCACCUUCAAGUGUUAAUGAAUGAAAGGACCUAUUUUUCACUUUUUAUUUUGUCUUCUAUCUUUUAUUGUGAAAAUAGAUUUAAAUCUGAUCAAUGAAUGAAAAGCUAAUAGCAACAACAGUAAAGUAGUUUGUGAAAAUUAUUACAAAGACUUUUGAUAAUUUUCCCUGUCAUGAAGUAUAGAUGUUGACGUUUUUUGUUGAUUUUAUUGAUAUCAGCAAUUCCCAAAUCCAUGGGCUAUUGCUUAUGAAUUUGUUUUGCUGUAACAUUUCUGUCCUGUGAAUAAACUAAGUUUUGAUUUCCACCUCAUAGUUGCAGUGAAGGCUUUAAUGUUUUAUCCGACCCAUUCCUUUGCUUUGAUGAUUGCUUUAACAUUAGUUUUAUAAACACACUGAUCCAGCCAGUCUAUCCAGAGCUGAGGAGUAAAAAUAGACUCUAAUAUAUUCUUUCAGCAGCUAAAAGGAAAGCUACGUGUGUUCUGGCCCUUAGUAGACCUUGAGCCUUUGUGACGUCAAUGGUCCACACACCCCCACCCCCACUCCACAGUGUGGAAUCAGAAUCAAAAUUAGAGAGCUGUGGGCAGAGCUGAGAGGGGCUGUGGGAAAGAAAAGGCCGUGGAUUGUAUAAACAGAUCAAUAUUUCAACCACAGCUCAUUUCUGACACAUUUGUUUUUUCCUGUCUGAUAAUUGGUCCGAUAAAAAAGUGUGUCAAACUUUAGUGUUGAUCUGAUGGUUCAGUCAUUGCUGUUCUCAUUUCUCAUCACUGUCUGCACCUCGGUCUUUGAAACACUCCAAUGAGAAACAACAAGUCAAUACUGAGUAAUGACUUUAAUUGACACCAUUUUUUAAAUUUGUGGAUUAUGUACCCUAACCUUACUCUCCAAUAGCUUUACAUUAAUCUCAAAUAAUAAAGGAAACAAAAAAUGAUUUAGAGGAGCCUGAGAGAUGCUUUAUGAGAUGCAAAAUUUCAGGGUUAUAGGAAAACCAACAGUGGCCGCCAAGAUGCAACAAUGCACCCUCAGAGACUCUAUCUACUCUUCUAAAAUGCAUCCAUGUUUCUUUCAUUGCUGACGCCCUGAACUGUUUCUCUUUCUUAAUGCAUGCAGUGAGAAAUGAUUCAUAAUGCAAACUGUGAAAAAGAAGCUCAGCAGAAUUUUUUCGGAUUCAGUGGGAAGGACACAUUUAAAAAAAAAAAAAAAACCCAGACAUUUCAAAGAGCCUCUUAAAAGGUAAAAGUGGCAAACGUGACCGUAAAGUGUCAGCUCUCCCUCUGUCUCUGCCGGUCUGCAUGACCACGGAGCUUUGGUCUGAAUUAACAGGUCUCUGCCUCUGAUGACAGCGCCUGUCUUUGUUUGUUCCUGCAGAGCUCAGUGGGUGAAACUCACAGGCUGGAAGAAAACACUCACAGGGCGAUUUUCACACUUCAAAUGAAUAAUUUGAUGAUAUCUCCUGAACGUUAUCUAAUAAUGAGUCUGUGAUGAGUCAUGUGUGAGUCCCGUGUUGAAGUGGAAGAAGCCUGCAGCCUUUCGACAAAAACAGAGUAUGAAACAUCUUUAUUUAAGGCCAUGCAAUUUAACAUUUUUGCACCUUUUUGUGUUUUUCAUAUCCACCAGAUUGAUUUCUACAUUCGUCUGUCAUCAGCUGAAAAAAUUCCCUGGAUGUUGAACCAGUUUCUUCAGUUUUAUUCAGCUUUUGUAAGAGAGAAUUGUUUCACGUCAAUGUAAGACAUGCACUCCUAUCUUAACACCCAUCACAACAGUUAUUCUAUAUGCAC